UUUUUGCAUGCCGAUUUUUUUACCUCGAGGUUUAUCUUGGCUAGUUUUCCCAUCUGCACAGACAGAUCUGCGUGUUUCUUUUCUGUGUCUCUGCGAGGGUCUCUGAGAGGAAGGACAGUGACUUGGCCGGUGCCCUGGGCACGGGCCUGUAGGUUGCUACCAGUCUCUUACAUGACCGACAGCAGUGCCGUGAGCUCCCUUGGAUGUCUGUCCUUGCACAUCCCAAGGGUGUGCCAGCGUGGCCUAGUUUUCUGGGCAAGGAAAGGGCUCCAGGAGAGCCUCCCUCUGUCCAUUCAUGGACACGCUCCGUCUGCAGCUGUUCGAGGAGGAGCACGGCCAGAUGAGAUGGACCAAACCCCCACAGUGCGCUCCGAAUAUCUGGUCUCAGGGAUUCGAACUCCCCCCGUGAGGAGGAACAGCAAACUGGCCACCCUGGGCAGGAUCUUCAAACCCUGGAAAUGGAGGAAAAAGAAAAACGAAAAACUGAAGCAGACGACAUCCGCCUUGGAGAAGAAGAUGGCCGGCCGGCAAGGUCGGGAGGACCUCAUCAAGAAGGGGCUGCUGGAGAUGAUGGAGCAGGACGCUGAGAACAAAGCAUGCGGCCCUGAUGGAGGCCCCCGAGCUGCACAGAGCGAACCUUCCACACCCAAGCAGGAGCCGCUGACUUCGGAGGAAGCCCAGCCGGGAAGCCCGUUGGCCGCUGGGACAGACCAGGCGUCCCCAGAUGAGCCGCUGUCCUCAGACACCCAUCCGGACGAUGCAGCCAAGAUGUCAUCAGCAUCCGGAGGUGAAGAAGCAGAUGCUGGCGGCAGCCGUCCAUCUACCACAGACGAGCCCUCUCAAGCCUUAGCUGGGUCCGACUCCCAGAACAGUCCUCCCAGACCCUUCGAGAGGUCCAUGGGCCAGCUCCCCAGCCCCCCACUGCUGCCCACCCCACCACCCAAGACAGGCUCCAAAACCACAAAAAAUGUCACAGGCCAGGCUGCGCUCUUCCAGGGCUGUGGCGGGAAGAGUGCUGACCCUCCCCUCCGAGGACAGCUUUCUACACCCACGGGGUCUCCACAUCUCACCACCGUCCACCGGCCGCUGCCCCCCAGCCGCGUCAUUGAGGAGCUGCACAGGGCGCUGGCCACCAAGCACCGCCAGGACAGUUUCCAAGGAAGGGACAGUAAAGGGUCCCCGAAGAAGCGCAUGGACGUCCGGCUGUCCAGGACGUCCAGCAUGGAGCGGGGCAAGGAGCGGGAGGAGGCUUGGAGCUUUGACGGAGGCUCGGACGGCAAGCGGGCCACGGCUACGGAGUCCGAGGAGAACAAGGAGAACUUGAUCAUGAACUCUGAACUCAAGGACGACCUGCUUUUGUAUCAGGACGAAGAGGCGCUGAACGACUCCAUCAUCUCUGGAACCCUGCCGAGGAAGUGCAAGAAGGAGCUCUUGGCGGUGAAGCUAAGGAACCGGCCCAGCAAGCAGGAGCUGGAAGACCGCAACAUCUUCCCCCGGAGGACUGACGAAGAGAGGCAGGAGAUCCGGCAGCAGAUUGAGAUGAAGCUCUCCAAACGGCUGAGCCAGAGACCUGCCGUGGAGGAGCUGGAGAGGAGAAACAUCUUGAAACAAAGAAAUGAUCAGACAGAACAGGAAGAAAGAAGAGAAAUCAAGCAAAGACUGACGAGAAAGCUUAAUCAGAGACCCACAGUUGAUGAACUGAGAGACAGAAAAAUUCUGAUACGAUUCAGUGAUUAUGUGGAGGUGGCCAAAGCCCAGGACUAUGACAGACGGGCAGACAAACCCUGGACGAGACUGUCGGCGGCGGAUAAGGCAGCAAUUCGUAAAGAACUGAAUGAAUACAAAAGUAACGAAAUGGAGGUGCAUGCAUCAAGCAAGCAUUUGACAAGCUCUGCGUUGUGACGGAGAACGGUGAUGUGCGUCGCAGGGUCACCAGCCUGGGCUCUGGCCGAGGGACGUGUGACGCAGUGUAUCAGUACCAUGUGGAAAAGGCAUUUUUAUUCUGAACACGAUUAAUCUGAGAACUCUUUAAGUUCAUGUUCUACAAAAUGAUUUACUGUACUAUACUUUUUCUUUUUUAUAUAUAAUGUCUAACAAAAAAUACAGCUGCAGCAUUUUGAUUCCUGUUAAUUUUGUUCUUUAAUUAAAUGACUACUUAUUGCAGGAAAUUCACCUGGGCGUUACAUUUCUUGGGGUUGAGGGUGAGUUUUUUUUUUUUUAAGAAUAGGGAUCUCUGAAACAAGUCAAAUUUUAUUACUUUUGAGCCAUCAGAAGCCAAACACAUCAAAGAGAAUUCAAACUUUUUGUGUGUUUUGUAAAUUCUGUUAGUAUAUGUGGUUACUUGGAAAAUCAAAUUAUCCUUUUCAAGUUAAUUUAUGUAUCAUUGAGUAAUGAACCUGGAAAUAAGUAACAACUUGUUGAAAAAUUCUACCAAGAUGAAAAUUAUGCCCUCCUUAAGACUAUUUUUCAGUUAACAUUUGCAGACAUUAUUAAAAACUCUGUUACAAGAUGGAGUGGAGAUUAUAAAGAGGAAAUUUACCCCGGCAUAAAGGUAAAAAGUAAUCUUGACAAAAGAGAGAAAGUAAAUUAAAUAAAAAUAAAUGUUCCCUGAAGUAUAUUUUUACUUGGCCUUUGAGUAAGUGUGCUGGCUAAAAUAAGCCCUUUUUCCCGCCUUCCCUCUGGGUGCAUCGAGGCAAGGAGCACAGUGGAUGGAGCACGACCUUGGGAUCUCACAGAACCUGUGCCCAAAUCCCAGCUCUGCACCGUUCAGCAAGGUAUUUACUUCCUCUGCAGGAAGGUCUCUCUGUCUCACUGCUGCUAUAAUCUGUAAAUGAGAUAAAGGAGGUAAUGUGGCUCAGGUGCCUGGCACAUUCUCAGCAUCCAGUGACUGUCCUCCGCCAGUACGGUUGCCAGGUGGCCCUGGAGCAGCUGGAAGUCCCCUGUGACUUCUCACUGCACGGGCUGCCUCCUUGCUCUCCGUGACCUUCCUGUUCCGCCGCUUUAAGGCUGGAGUGGGUCAGGCGCCCCCGGGAAACUGCUCAACCCUUGUUGAGCACUUUGUCCUUAGGGACUUGUGAUUGGUCCUAGAUGCUAGCAAACAUACUGUUAGUUGAACUAGAGUGUUUUAUAAGAAAUCACUGUGCGGUAGAAAAACUCCAGCUCUACCUCUUACUUGCUGUGUAACUACUGUCUAUGAAUCGCUUGACUUCUCUGAGCCUCAAUUUCUGUGUCUGUGAGAUAAGAUGAUAUCUAAAUCC